ACGGUCGGGCGGCGGAUGACCCUUGUAAACAGCGGCUUCGAAGGAGACGAGAAAAGGGGAACCAGACAGAGAGAGAAGAGAUUAAUUUAGCUGUUUUCUGUGUGAUUUUGAGACAUUAUGGCCAAUUUAGAGGAGGAUCCGAUGCUGCAGGACGAUGAUCCUGCCAUGCGCGAAGUAUCGUCUAUGUCGGCUGACGAUGUAGUAUCAAGGACGAGGCUGCUUGAGAACGAGAUUCGCAUUAUGCGGCUUGAGCUGACGAGAAUAUCGCACGAGAUCCAGAGUCAGCGCGACAAGAUCAGAGAAAACACUGAGAAGAUUAAGGUCAACAAGACGCUACCUUACCUCGUGUCAAAUGUUAUUGAGAUUCUAGAUGUAGACCCUAACGAAUAUGGCGAGGAAGACGGAGCCAACGUCGACCUGGACUCACAGCGGAAGGGCAAGUGUGCCGUCAUCAAGACCUCCACCAGACAGACCUACUUCCUACCCGUAAUUGGCCUGGUCGAUGCCGAGACCCUCAAGCCCGGUGACCUCGUGGGUGUCAACAAAGAUUCGUACCUGAUUCUGGAGACGCUCCCGGCGGAGUACGAUUCCCGUGUUAAGGCCAUGGAGGUCGACGAGAGGCCCACCGAACAGUACAGCGACAUUGGUGGUUUGGACAAACAGAUCCAGGAGUUGAUUGAGGCUGUUGUCCUGCCUGUCACACACAAGGAGCGUUUUGAAAAUCUAGGCAUCCAGCCACCUAAGGGAGUACUGCUAUAUGGCCCUCCGGGUACUGGUAAGACGCUCUUGGCUCGUGCUUGUGCUGCCCAGACAAAGUCCACCUUCCUGAAGCUGGCCGGCCCACAGUUGGUGCAGAUGUUCAUCGGUGAUGGUGCUAAGCUGGUUAGAGAUGCCUUCGCUCUGGCCAAAGAGAAGGCCCCAGCUAUUAUUUUCAUUGAUGAAUUGGAUGCCAUUGGUACCAAGAGAUUCGACAGUGAAAAGGCUGGUGAUCGAGAAGUACAGAGAACUAUGUUAGAACUGUUGAAUCAGCUUGAUGGUUUCUCGUCAACAACAGACAUCAAGGUUAUCGCAGCUACCAAUCGUGUUGACAUUCUGGAUCCUGCCUUGCUGAGAUCCGGUCGUCUGGACAGGAAGAUCGAGUUCCCCCACCCCAAUGAGGAAGCCCGUGCCCGCAUUAUGCAGAUCCACUCGCGCAAAAUGAACAUCUCCUCCUGUGUGAACUUCGAAGAGCUGGCCAGGUCGACAGAUGACUUCAAUGGAGCUCAGUGCAAGGCUGUGUGUGUGGAAGCUGGUAUGAUCGCCCUCCGAAGACAAGCGACGACGGUGACCCACGAGGACUUCAUGGACGCCAUCAUGGAGGUCCAGGCCAAGAAGAAAGCCAAUCUCAAUUACUAUGCUUAAUUUCAUUCAGUGUAGUGGCCCUCCUUGUAUAGGAAUUUGUCUGUAAUGUAAUUGAUAUAUAAAAAAAUUCUUGGCAAUUUUUUUUUUCUUUUAUUUCAUUCUUUGUUAUAUAUAUAUUUUUUUCAUUUUCUGUACUGGUUGAUGUCAUUUGUAUUUUUAUUUUUUAUUUUUCAUAUAUAUCUUUAAGAGAAGAUAGAAGUCCUUCUUUAUCCUCCCAGGGUGUGCAUGUGCGAAAGGAGAAAAAUUUAAAUACUGUACGUCAAUUUUUUUCCCCCUUUAAUAAAUAUUUAUUUUGUAGAGCAAUAUGCAUAUUACAUAGGGACAUGAUGAUGAAAUUCUAUGUCAGGUCUCUGGUGUUUCAACUUGUAAUAAAAAAGAUAUGUAAAAGAAGAAA